CUCCCCCUCCCCGUCUUGCAGAGCUCGUAGGCCACUCAAUCAGUCCAAGCAUUGGACUUCUAGAUAACGCCAAUCACCACUAAAAAUCUGACAUGAUUUUGUUGCACUUUCAUCGCUUUGUCGGUCGCAUUUUCCACUUUCUUUUACAACAUUGACAAUUUUUUGUUUUAUUGUUUCUGCCUUCGGAGGUUACAUCGUCUUCUCGCCACCAAGCUCACUGCCUAUAGAUUCAAGCGCUGGUGAGUUGGCAUUUGGUUUAUGCGUGCAGGUUCGGACGGAUACGUUGCGGGGUUUUUCUCGCAGAGUUUGAGUGAGAGAUUCAACACCUGAGACGUCGCAGUGAGGAUAAGAUGGCAAGAGACGAGACGACGGUCAAGGCUCCACGGAAGGUGGUGGAUCACGUGGUAUUCUUCCGGAUGAAGGACGAGCUCACAGAGGAGCAAGAGCGGGAGAUGUUGGAAGCUCUGUUCACUCUCCAGUAUACCUCCCAAGGCGUUAUCUACUUGUCAGUUGGUCCAGUGUUGGAGAAAACGGUGGAUGGGGUCACUCACGCACUCUUCGCAAGGUUCAUGGCGAAGGAGCAUGUGGAGCUCUACAUGCAGAGUCCCGAGAGGAAGAGAAUUGCUGUUGACCUUGUUAUUCCCUACUACAAUGGCUUGGUGAUGUUGGACAUUGAGGACGGAGUGGCCGACGACGUGGAAGCAAUCUUUGGCCGUGAGUUCGCACUGUGCGGAGGCAUUGAUCACUUUGUUCUGUUCAAAGUGAAGGAGGGUACCAGUCAAGAAUCCAUCGAUGCCAUGUUGCAAUCGUUUCGCGACUUGGCGGCGUCCAUGGAUCCUGAUUCUAUGUUCCAGUUGACUGCAGGGACCAACUUUUCUCCCAUGGGCAAAGGAUAUACGCACGGUUUCAUUGCUCGUCUCCCAUCAGAGGAAGCUCUGGAGGAUUUCUUAAAAUCGGAUGCUUAUGCUCAGGCAUUAUCCAAAGAAGCUUUACCUGAUGGCACCGAAUACAUAUCAGCAAACUUAGCAUCAGCGUUUCGGGGGUCGAGUGUGACCCUUCACGGAGAACCGGAAGACGUCGAAGGAACUGCGUAGAGAAGCGAUGCUCCCUGCUCAUGACCCAAUUCAUGAACUUCCCCCAGAAUAAGUGAAACCACACAACUUUGACAGGUUUGUAUAUUUUUACAGUGCGUAACCAUUCAUCUCCCAUAGCUGGUUGAGAAUGUAGACUGCUUCCCCCAUGGAGUCUUGUUGAAUCCUCCUUUCAAUAAAUAAUACCGUCGUUGUUUAGUUGCGUGAGCCGGAGAAAUAGCAACAUCUUGAGUGACCUGAUGGUUGUGGUCAAAGGUAGUGUUACCCCACCAUCCGAAAUAUAUCCAAGUUAGAGUAGAAAUGUUUCUUCAAAACAUGUUUUUUUAAGGGUCUCAAAAGUAUUCCGAAGUUACAUUGAGACAUCUUGAGAGUCUACUGCCGCUCUGGUUGCAAAACAAGCUUGCAAGGUACGCUACCUCUGAACAUUAUGAGACUUGUGUGGGUACCUUGCCUUGGCCGUAGUAGGCAAUGAAGUCUAUACAUAGUGGCAAUAUUAGGUUUAAAAAAGGGCUUGCCUGCUAUUUCGGUAAUUAAGUGUAAUUGAUGAGUCAGAAUUUGUUUAAUAACAAAACUGUUCCAGUGGAAGCGUAGACCAUCACCGUCUUGAAAUACGCUUCUUGAGCAUUGUGAGUCAUCUCCAAAAUCUGUCUCAUUUUACCAGAAAGGUUUAAAGAGGAGAAGUGUUCUUUUCCUGGAA